AUGAAGUCCUGCGAUUGCGUUGGUCAAACACAAUGGCUCCAUGAAGAACUUGUCAAAUAUCAGUUUAUAUCGGACAUUUUAAUUUCAUUGGCAUAUUUCUGUAUUCCAAUCGAGAUUAUAUAUUUUAUGCGAAAAUCAGCACUGCUCCCAUACAAAUGGGUGCUUCUGAUGUUUGGUGCUUUUAUUGUUCUCUGUGGAGCAACCCAUUUCGUAAAUUUAUGGACCUUCUGGAAGCAUUCAAAAACUGUUGAUGUGGUGUUGACUGUGGCAAAAAUCUCUUGUGCUGUUGUAUCAUGUGCAACGGCGAUGAUGCUCCUCCACAUUAUUCCUCAUCUACAGAUCAAUGUUAGGGAAUUAUUCCUGAAGAAUCAUGCUGGAGAGCUUGAUCGCCUGAGUGUUAAAGCAGGAGAAUUUUUUCUCAACAAGUCUGAGAAACUGGAUAAGGAGAUGGGGAUUUGA